AUGGACGAGAAUGUCGGCCCGCAGCGCGAGGGCUCGCACGCCGCGCUCUCGGCCUCGGCGGCCUCGCACCUCAUGACCAGCUUCGCCAUGUACGAGCCCAUCUCGCGAUCCACCUCGCCCGGCAUCCCCUACACCAAGUCGGACGAGGACGACAAGAAGCGAUACCGCCCCCGGACGUUUGCCUACUUCUCCCAGCUGCCCUUCGAGGUCGAGGAGGAGGCCCAGCGCGACGCCGCCCUCCACGGCAUCCUCAAGCAGCUGUACAUUGCCAUUCGCGCCGAGGACUUUUCGCCCGGCGCCCUGCAUUGGACUAGGGAGCUCCAGGCAUGGCUGAACCUCAAGUUUGAGAUGACGAGGGAGCUGCGCGCGACCCUGGCCAAGCUGUUCUACUCGCUGGCGCUGUCCCCCGGCUUGGAUGCGACGGCUGCGGACCGCUUCCUGCGCAUGGUCCUGAUGCUCACUCGCAAGAACCACUACCUGAAGCCCGGCGAGGAUCUCACGCUCGACUGGCGACCACUGUGGCACGAGGUCAAGGCGUGGGUGUUGCCCUCGGAGGGCCCGGCUCACCAGAGCAACCGAAGGCGCGCCGCCAAGCAGCUCCUCAAGCUUUGCACGCACGCCCAUAUAUAUUUCGACCCCAAGGAACGGCCGGCGAUCCUCGAGGAGCUGCUGCCGUUCUUCGGAACCAAUGAGCUGCCCAAUGCCUUCAUCGUCAUCGGCGCUCUGAACGCCUUGCUCCCGAGCCAUCCCGCUCCUCCGAGCGAGCCUGAGGCGCAGCCGCAGCACUUUUUCCCGACCCUCUUCCACCUGUGGUCUCUGAUGAACCGGUCCAAGGUCGUCGAUAUGUUCUUCAUGGACCUUUUCUCACGCAUGACUAGGGACCAUAUUCACUCGGAUCACGUCCCAUUCGCCGAGCAUGGCAUCUUCACCAAGGAGCAAUCAGACCUCGUCUUUACCGCGAUGCUCCGCCUGACCCAGAUCCCCGUCGGACAGGCCAACUCUCCUUACACGCCCGUCGACUAUCUGUCUGGCGCAGGAGUCUACUUGGAAAAGGACAAGAAGAAGUAUCCGGUUGCCUAUAUGAUGGCGCGGCUCAUCAUCAGCUCUCUAUCUCCUACAUGCCUCGAGCACGAGUCGUCCACAAUGGCCAGCCUGGAAGCUCUGAUUGAGUCCAUUGAUACGUUCUUCCAUCCGUCCAACCAGGGGGGCUGGACGACCAUGCUGGGACAGCUUGUCCUGUAUUUGACGGACGGGUUCGUUUCGCGUUGGAAUCGGGAGCAGAGUGGAGAGCUGGACAUCCCGGAUAACCGCAAGAUCACGCCCGCUCUGAAGAAGCGUUUCGUCAUGUCGCUCAAGGAGGUGACGUUCAUGGGUCUGUUCUCCAAGAGUAGCAGGGUAUCGCAUUGCUACUACAAUGCUCUCCAAGGUCUUGCUUACCUCGAGCCGGACCUGAUACUUCCGGGAGCGCUCCAGCGCUUUUAUCCGAGUCUGCAGGGUCUCGUCGAGGUGCACCGAACGACGUCGAGUCUGAACAGUUUGCAGAUGAUUGCAAAUGUCAUGUGUAAGCUCAAGGGCUACCGAUGCCACAUCACCGCGCUCCUCGCGCUCGCGCUGCCCGGAAUCGAUGCCAACGACUUAAACAAGACACAGUACACCCUCAACUUCAUUCAGAGCGUGGCGUACAGCAUACCAUUUGUGCCAUUGACAACCGAGGACAGCCAUAUCCACGACACUCAGCUGGCCAUGCAGUGGGUGCAGGCCGAGAUGGAUCGCAUGGAGCGCGACGGCCAGAACGUCCAGAUCGACUACAACACCGAACUAAGCGACGAAGACGAAGCAAACAUCCUCAGAUCGUCGACCGCGGGAUUUGGAGAGUUCAUCCUGACGCUGCUUGGCAAGGUCUUUACUUUGUUGGAGAACCUGCCUGACGCUAACCAGGUCCGCGGAGGAACACCAGAGGAUAACGUCAUCAACGCCCUGCCCGCCGCGCUGUCCCCCUUGUUCGCCUCCUUGUCCCCAGAGCUGUUCGAUAUGGCGCUGGAAAAGAUUGCGACGUUUGUCUCGAGCCAUGUAGUUCAUCAGGCCCGCGAUGCCAUGGCGUGGAUCCUCAAUGCGCUCUGCAAAGUCAACCCCGAAAAGACGCUCAAGGUUUUUGUGCCCAUGCUCGUCGUCAACAUCCGCAACGAGAUUGACUACAACAAUGCGGCGUCGGAUCGCACCACUGGCACGGACUACUUGCCGCGCGAUCGCGCGCUUGUGUGGCACAUCAGCAUGCUGGCCAUGGCCGUGGUUCACGUCGGCAGGGAGGUGCUCACGUACAAGGAUGAGCUGCUGGGCAUCGCCGAAUACAUGCAGGAAAAGUGCCGUGGGCUGCCGACAAUCCUCGUGUCCAACUACAUCCACCAUCUCCUUCUCAACCUGACGCAUACGUACCCCAUCGACCAUGGACUGUACGAGCCCGACGUCAUCAAGAGGGGUCUCGAUGUUGAGGACUGGGGAAAGACGACCUCGCCGGCGGAUCUCACUAUUCGAUGGCACCAACCGUCGCCUCCGGAGAUCGAGUUCGCGGUGGAGCUUUUUGCGUCUCAGGUCACGUCCGCCGCAGAGCAACUGGAGCUCCUCAUGAGCGACAACCCCCCUGUGAGCCGAGACGGCAAGAACAAGGCGUGGUCAGACGAGGUGUCUAGACUGAUGCAGCAGAUCCGUCUAGUCAUCGCGGGCAUGGCCACCAUGUUCGACCCGAAGCGCGCGUCUGGCGACAACGUCGGAGACACUGGCGACACCGACAGCGUCGACGCCGACGGAGACGAGGACAUGAUGGUGGACGACGACGACGCCCUGGGCGAGGGUGCUGAGGACGAGGAACUUCGACCCCAGUUCCGGUACAAGGCUGGCUACAUACUCAAGGCAGACGACCCGGCAUACGACCGUGUCCACGAGCUGCGCGACGAGCUGGGCCAUCUCCUCACAAAGGCGCACGCGUUCCUCAACGAAAAGCAGGAGGACGAUGUCAACUGCUUCACGGCGCUGUGCUCGGCUUAUCGAACCUGGAUUACGGACGUCGGCAUCGAGCGCUCUGCACACUCCCUGGAAAGGCAUGUGAGACUCUACAAGGCAGAUAUCGCCGCCUUCAAGAUCAAGGGCCUUCGGAAGGUCUACCCGCGGCCGCUGCUGAUCAAGCGCGCCGAGGCCUAUCACAUGCUCCGCAUGAAGCACAACGCUGCGGCCAGGCACAAGAGCGAGCUGGACAAGCGCCUGCUGCUAGAUCUGGCGCAUUCUUGUCUUUCCCUCUACGCGGACGUCCGCCGGGUGGCGCAGAGCGCCCAAGACUCGUCGCUCAAGGCCCUUAUUGGGGGGAAGCCUGUGGUCAUUCCAGUGGUGCUCGAGAGCCUGCGCAAUGCGCUCCAGGCAAACGAGCACGACCGCAUCAAGGGCGGCAUGUACACGCUGCUCUUCACUUCGCUUCAGAGAACUAUCCUGAAGGACUGGCGUUUCGCGCCCGAGGCGAUGCGCCUCUACAUCGAGACGGCCGCCAUCGACAAGCCGUCUAUCCAGAACUUGGGCUCCUCGGCGUUGUACGCAAUGUUCGAGUUUGGUAAGCCGCUCGAGCGCGCGAUACUGGUCAACGAUGCCCUGGUCGACACAAUCAAGCCGACGGAGGCGGUGUCGGAUGCCAUUGAGACGAGGCACCAGUUCAUUCUGCAGAGGCGGAAGAGGGUCGAAGACGCCAAGGCGUCGCUGGGACUCGAACUGACCACGCGGGCGCAGGGCGCGCACUGGAAGAUUGCCACGCGGUGCGCCAUCUUCGCGACUAAUCUCUGCCUGCGCUUUGAAGACGUUGCACCGAGCGAGUUUGUCGACCUCGUAGCGCGGGGCACAAACGACCCGCAUCCGGGACUGAGAGGCUAUUACCUCAACUCGUUCACUGCGCUCUUCACGGUCAUCGAUAUGCGCGCGCUGUACGGCCACGACUACACCAACUACCUCAUGGAGAAGGAAAUGGGUGACAGGAACAGACUCGAGAUCCCCGUCGAGAAGGGCGAUGCCGCGUUCACGGAAAAGUUCCUGGAUGCGUUCAAGGAACCCGAGAAGGCCGAGUACAUGGUGGACUUUGACCACCCCGGCUGGCUCGUCUGGGGCAAGAAGUUCACUGCCUUCCGAGCGCGGCCCGUGCCGUUUGACAUUUACGACGAGCUCGAGAACCGUGUCCGGGAGCAGAUUGGCAAGAUCCUGACCAAAGAAUGGGUCUCGCAGUGCUUCGAUUACUUUAAGCAGGAGCCGCGAGACCAGUCGACCGAUAGGUUCCGGAUGAGCUACGUGUACCUGCUCAUGCACGUGUUCGACCUGAUGCACUACGGCAAGACGGCGGUCACCCUGGACGACGUCAAGGAGCUGACCAAGGAGGUCUACGGUGACGGUAGCGAUAAGCACCAGCAUCGGGCCACCUCGGAGAUCUUGGGAGCGCUGCUGGCAGGCUCCAGCGACGACCCGGUCGAGGUGCGCAACCGCGUGUGGGAGUUUGCGGCGCCGAUGAUGCUCAAGAUCUUUACCGAAGACUUGACGCCUGAGAACCUGCAGUACUGGCUCACCUGCCUGCACGUCAUUCUCGACGCCAAAGACCCGCGGAGGUCGCAUGAGAUUGUUGAGCGGCUCGAAUCGUUCCGGCUCGACAUGUCGUCCAACGCGGCCUUUAAAGAGUCGUCCAAGGUGCAGCUGAUAGAGUUCAUUGUCGCGGACGGCGGAUGGCACUUCCGCGGCACGAAACCCAUACUCGAUCAUUUUGUCGAGCACAUCGACCACCCGUAUAAAGCAGUUCGGGAGGCCAUUGGCCGAUUGCUGUCGGCGAUCGAGAAGUCGCGUUACCACGAGUCGUUUGAGAGCGUGCCGAAGAUGCUGGAGCAGAACAAGCAGGCCUCCACGAUUGGCAUUCGGCCGUACCAGCCGUCGGAGGAGCUCACUGGCAUCAUCACGGGCAUCUUUGAGCGGCUGGAGAAGUGGCGGCACGAGCGGACACCGGGGCAGCAGGAGCAAUCUUCGUACACGGCGGGCUCCAAGACGGUGCUUAUGUGGCUCGACUGCACGCUCUCGUCGCACGAGUGCACGGAGCUGGUGCCGUUCUUCGCGGCGCCCUUUAUGGAGCAGCUGCUGCACAUGAUGGACGUCAAGGAAGACCCGGAGCUCAUGAAGAUGGCGUACCACGUGUACCGCCACCUGCCGAACAUCCCGUUCCGCGACGGCGAGGACCGCAAGUUCAUUGACGAGCUCAUCAAGAUUGGGCGCACGGCGACGAGCUGGCACCAGAGGCUGCGCGCGCUGGUCAACAUGCAGGUCAUCUACUUCCGGCGCAUCUUCCUGACCAAGGCGCCGCAGCGCGACGCGCUCUUCACGGCCGUGUCGGACAUGCUGAGCGACCCGCAGCUCGAGGUGCGGUCGUGCGCGUCGACGACGCUGGCAGGCAUGAUCCGGUGCUCGCCGCACCAGAUCCGGGACCCCAUCAUCGCGCGGCUCAAGGUGCGGUUCGAGCAGGAGCUGCAGCAGAACCCGAUGCCGCGGAGGAACCGCAGCGCAGCUGGCACGGAGACGCCCGUGGACAUGCAGAAGCAGACCAACAGGCGCCACGCGGCGAUCCUGGGCCUAGGUGCCCUAAUCGAGGCGUUCCCGUACGCGACGCCGCCGCCCGAGUGGAUGCCCGAGGUGCUGGCGACGCUCGCGCGAAAGUCGUCUGGCGACCCGGGCAUGGUCGGCAAGGCGACCAAGGCCAUUCUGAGCGAGUUCAAGAAGACGAGACAGGACAGCUGGACCGUGGAUCAAAAGUACUUUACGCAGGAACAGCUCGAAGAUCUGGAGGGCGUGCUGUGGAAGAGCUACUUUGCCUGA